AUGCAUUCCGGCCAGUGGGCGGAUCUCACUGCCGACAGAUCGGAGGAGGAGGCCGUGCGUGAGGUUUGCCAGCUGUCGGGCCGUGAUGAAACUUUCCGCUUUGCCGACGUUUUCGAUGUGGCACAUUUUCGGAAGGAGCUCCGGCCUCUGGGCGUGGAGCACACCGUGAGCUUCGACGACUUCUUGGAGCAAGGGGGUUCCAUCGACACUCUCUUCCUCUUGAACACCGCGUUUCAGCCCGGUGGGGCCUGGGUCCGUCGUAUCUUUGCAGAGCCGUUGCUCCACUGCCGGGACGAUGAGCACUUCAACCGAUUUGUGAAAGCCUUCGAUGGGCGCGAAGUCUUUGUGAAGCGCGUGAUCUGCCUCGCCGCAGAUGCGUCGAAUACGUCUGUCCAUCUGGAUGGGGAGAAGUUCGAGCGUGAGAUGCGAGAAGCACUGAAGUAUGGCAGCCGGCUGGGCUUUCAGUUGUACUUCUGGUCGGGGCCUGAAAGAACGCGCUUCAAGCUCCACUGGGGCCAGCUUGGUUGGCUCCCUCCACUCUGGCGAGUACUGAAGUUUCAUCCGCACAUCGAGCGGCUUGCUGAUGCCACUGUCCGCUCUUUCCAGCAGCCUGGACAUCCUUUUGUGGCCGUCCACUGGCGCUGGCGAGACCUAGAUGCAGGUGGGCUAAUGGAGUAUUACGAGACAGAGCUCGUACAACACUAUGCCAGAGCCGCCAUGCCGGAGGAGCUCUACGAAUCGCUCGUCUCGUGCGUGCCAGAGCACCUACACUGCGCAAACCUCUUUGUGACCCUUGGCGGCCCUGUCAGAUUCAUGUUGUGA